GGUAUUUGUUGAGCACGUUCAUUUGCGAAUGCAUAUUAACUACUGUGCAGUUUAUUUAUAAUGUAGAAUUAAUUGGUACGACUCCUCCUGACGUGAACAAAUUGAGUAACUAGUAACACGAAUCUCCAUUGAUCACAACUUAACACGAAAUUAUAAAAUUCAGACCUGAGACGGUAUAGUUAAUUCCGCUAUUGAAGAUCUGUCGGCUCGAGCAUCUGUGACAAGGACAAGGAGAGUUCUUUUAAUUAUAUCUUUGGUCAGGAAUAUUGAAGCUUUAUGAAAUGAAUUUUUUAUUCAUCAUAUUGACCGUUUUAUAAUUUGCAGAGGACAUAAAUCUAUAUAAAAAAAAAAAUCCUAUCUAUUGAACCACUAGAUCGUUGUGGAUAGAAGUGAGAGGGAAGUGAAAUUGUGAUAAAUUAUACAAGAGAAGCGGAAUAUUGAAACCAAUGUCUUCAUUGAGUAGUGUGAUCGAUGACGACUCGUCUUGGAGGAAGAUGGACAUGUCUACGACUAGUUCUUAUGGCCAACUAAAUUUUACGGGCAAUGUACCUUUCAGUUUCAACGGAAGCGAGGCGUUCGUAAACUCUACAGUUAUGGAGAAUGUUACCGCCUCAGAUCCAUCCGUAUCUUUAGGAACAAUCAUAAGCCUGAGCAUUUUAUUUUUCAUAAUCGGUGUUUUGGGAAUCGUGGGGAACUCCUUGGUCAUCAUGGUGAUUCUAAUCGACAGAAAAAUGAGACAGUCGGUGACCAACGUCUUCAUCAUGAACCUAGCUAUCGCUGAUCUCCUCAUCAUGAUAUUUUUCGUUCCCGAUAUCAUCCAGUUCAUCCUGAAUCGUGGCUGGCUGAUCGGUGUUGGAAUGUGUAAAAUCAACAGAUACAUCCAGGUGACAUGCCUCUAUGUGUCUGUUCUAUCUCUGGUGUCUGUGUGUAUUGAAAGAUUUGUGGCAAUCGUCUUUCCCAUCAAAGCUCAGAUUUUGUGUAACCGAAGAAAGAACUUUAUCGUUGUGUUAUUGAUUUGGUUUGUGGGAGUAAUGUGCGGUUUACCAACUGCCCGGUACAACCAAGUUGUGCUCGUCGACCCUCCACGGAACUUCUCGCUGUGCUUGACGUCAUUUCCGAGGAUUAUUGAUCAGCAUCUUUACAAGUUCUCCGAAUUUGCUCUGUACUACUUUAUCCCAGUUUGUAUUCAAAUUGUACUGUACGCGAUAAUAGGACAACGACUGUAUGUUAGUACCAGUGAACUCCACACCAAGUUCCAGAUGAGGAAGGACACCAAAUGUAAAUCUGAUAGGGCAAGUGACACUAUCAAAGCCAGAAAGGGCGUGGUCAAAAUGUUAGUGGCUAGCGUGAUUGUGUACACAGGUUGUUACGCCCCACCCCAAGUUUUGCUGUUCUACAACGUUAUUUCCAACACGGAGUUUCAAGAAACUUGGGAAUUUGUGGCGAUCGUGCACGUUAUAGCGUAUAUCAACUCUGCUGCAAAUCCUAUCUUAUACAGCAUAUUUAGUCAGAACUUUAGGAAAAAUUUCAAGAAGUGUUUAAAAUGCAUUUGUUUAAAAAGCAAAGAGAAAUAUACACGAGUUAUGUUUGACUCUUCAAUGGAGUCGUCUCGGAUGCUUUCAGGGAAGGGUAGUCAAAAAACUACAAUAUCCCGUGUGUAAUGAAAUCAUUAUCUAUCUAAAAUGUUGAUGUAUGUGUAAAUUUCAAAACUUAUUUAUAUUUUAAAAUCUUCAUUGCAUGUCACAUCGUUUAGCUGAUAGAUUUUCUGGGUUUUUUUUUAUAGGGAUGAGUUUACCCCAUACAUGUGAAACCCUUUUUGUUGUAAUUUUCCCUUGUAGAGCAACAGCCAGAUAUUCUAUCCUAAUUAGGAGUUUUAAUCAGUAUUUAUUUUACUGAAUGACAAAAUAUUCUACAUCCUUACAUUUGUAUUACGCUAAAUUUCUCAUAAUCCAAAUUUCGUACAAGGCACGAGUUACGGAAAAGGUUCUUCAUAACAUUGUCUUAGUGAUUGAUGUUGAAUACAGUGUGUUUAUUUAAUUGUUAAUCUUAACGUUUAUCUGUUUUCUCAAUACGUUAAUGACUUUAUAUAUCGUUGAAAGCAUUGACAUUUCAGCUUGACAUAAAACAAAAACCAACCUAAAUAUAAAUAGGACACAAGUUAAAUUUCAAUAAAUUUUAUUUCUUGUAUACAUGUACAAGUCCAAAUGUAUAAUUAUGCUUCUUGUAAAAAUUGGGGGAAACUGAUGACACAUUCAACAUAUUCAUUGUGUAACUAUUUAUGUAAUAAAAUUGUCAGAUUAGAUUUUU